AUGUCAUUCAUCGCCAGAAGAGUAUGGCCAUUGGCCCAAACAACACCUAGCAAAACCAUUGCGCUUCCAGCAGUCUGGGCGCAUCAUAUACAUAUGUCACCUAUCCGCUUUCGUCCACUAAAUCUCAAUGAUAGCAGUACUUCACAACCAACACCACCAGAAUCGUCUAACCAUAUCAAGACUGAGCAGGCUUCAGGCUCCAUAAUUGAUGAAGAUAAUAAACCACCAACAGAAGCAGAAAUCCAAGCUUGUGCUUAUGAUUUCCCUUGGCUCUAUGAUGGGGCAAAUUAUUCGGCCAGAAUACCACAUUACCCUUACCCAAAAGCGCCAAAGAUCUGGUCUAUCCUUGGCCUGGUCCCUCAAUCUAUCCAAUACAUGAUCUGUAAAUCAGCUUGUGAAAGGAUGCUCCGUAAUAACACCUCGCCUGAAUACUAUCCGGAUCAAUUCCUUCAAGGAGCUGGACUCGCUAUUCAUCAAUUGAUACCAUUACUCUCAACAAAUGUUAACCGUGACGCUCUCACCAAUAUGAUGUCGCAGGAGCUGUACGACUGCUACGAAACUGAAUUAAGGCGACAAGAAGAAAUCCACUCUGAAUUGUCAAUUAAAUUAGCAGCUAUCCAUGACGGUGUAGUCAAGGAUGUAUGGGUCCACUUGGGUCCCAAGUUGAAGAGCGGGUCGACUCGAGGGUUCAUCCGUUGGAGAUGGCAAACCUUGACCAUUGCUCUCCGAGCAGCCACCGAUCAGAUGUCAUCCAGAGAUCAAGUUGCACGGAUGAUGAUGGAAGGUGUACAGAUCAAAGUGGACGUUGAGUUCGAUGCUUCGAUCGAUUACACUGUCCGAUCAAAGGCUUUAGGAACAGAUGUGAUUUCUGACUUUAGCCGGAGACCUUUGCUAGUGCGCUUUGAAACACCUUUCUUUGAGCCAGCAGAGAAGAUGGUCGCCUCUAGGAAGAUGUCCCGACCAGAUGAAGCACCUAUUGAUUGGAAUUGGCGCGUCUCAGAUAUCGAUUACCUGCUGGAACAGGACUUUAUUGAGCGUCGCAAGAGGGAAGAUAUUGAGGAUGAGGAGCAUGCUCAACGCGAGAUGGAACAGUAG